UUUUUUUUAUUUCUUGUUUUAUGAAUUUAUUUUUUCCUUUCUUUUUCUUUUCUUACUUUCUCCUUUUAUAAAUAAUGACAUUGACUAGUACUUCUUCUACUUUCAAAUUUUUUAAUUAUUUUCCUUUUCCUUCGAAAAACAAUAAUACAACUCGACAAAGAAGAAAUACAACAACGAUAAAAUCAUCUACUCAACAGCCAUCCAGUAAACCAGCUUGUAUUGCUAUUGUUGUUGGUAAAGAUGGUACUCCUGUCACUAAAUGCAUUGCCCCUGCUGUUCGACGGACUACUAGCAGACAUUGUUUAUCCAUGUCACCAACAGAUAAUCAUAGAAAUCAACGUCGAUUAUCUUCCUUUCUUUUACCAAAAUUCCGAUCUUGUCGUCAUACUUCAUAUUCAUCUAAAGUGGUUCCUUUCCAUAAUCGAUUUCAUCAGUUACCAUCCGAAUUAAUGAUUCAUAUUGUUACAUAUUUAGAUUUACCUAGUAUCAUCACUUUAUCUCAUACUUCCAAAUUUUGUUUACGAUUAUGUGGAAAAACCAAUAAUUAUUUAUGGCGUAAAUUAUAUCAAACACAUUAUCAUCCAUUACACAAACUUCCUCUUUCAUAUUAUGAUGCUUUCCGUGAUCAAUAUGAACUUGGUAAACGAUGGCAACAAGGAAAUGCUCGUAGUCAUUAUCUUACUGGUCAUGAUGAUAGUGUUUAUUGUUUGGUAUGGGUCAAUCAACAUCAAGUACUCAGUGGUAGUCGUGAUCGGUCUAUCAAACUGUGGGACGUAGAUCAACAUGAAUGCUUAAUGACACGACAACAUCAUCAAGGCAGUGUAUUAUGUUUAGCCAUCUCUUUAGAUCAAUCCUUUUUUGUUUCUGGAUCUUCUGAUGCUACUUUGGUUUGUUGGUCUUUACCUGAUAUGACACCAAGAAAACGAUUAGAAGGACAUUUGAAUGGGGUAUUGGAUGUAUGUUUAGUGGAUAGAUGGAUUGUCAGUUCAUCUCGUGAUACUACUGUACGUGUAUGGAAUAUAGAUGAUGGUCAAGCUGUUCAUCGUUUAACAGGUCAUAGUGGUCCUGUGAAUGCCUUGGAACAUGUUAAACAUACUCAUCAAGUGAUUUCUGCUUCUGGUGAUGCUACUUUAAAAUUAUGGGAUGUGUCUACUGCUCAAUGUCUACGUACUUUUGUUGGUCAUCAACGUGGUUUGGCUUGUGUACGUUAUGACCCUUUUAUUCAAUGUAUCAUCAGUGGGGGGCAGGAUGGUAAAAUCAAGAUUUGGGAUAUCAAGUCCGCGGAUUGUUUACAAACCAUGGCUGGCCAUGCUGAUUUGAUUCGUACUGUGGAUUGUUUUCAGGGCAACGUGGUGAGUGGUAGUUAUGAUCGUACUUUAAGAGUUUGGAAUGCUUCUACUGGUGCUUGUUUACUUAGUUUUCAUAGUGGUCAUUCAAGUUGGAUUUUUAAUGUUUUAAUUAACAGUACAAAGAUCAUUAGUGCUGGGCAAGAUAAAAAAAUCAUGAUAUUGGAUUUUGGUUAUGAUUUGAAAAGCUUAUAAUAUUUAAUGUUAAUCCCUUAUUACAUAUACCGACAUUAUACAUAUUUAUUACAUAUAUAAACUUUAUAUUAUACCGUUUUAUCAACAAAAAAACAGUGAACCAAAAAUGGUUGAAAUUUUCAUGCAUUUUCAAACUCAUUAAUAUUUUCACCGCCGAUUCAUUUUUAACCAAUAAGAAAUGUUCAUAUGACGUACUUUUUUUUCUUAUGAGAUAAAAAUAAAAUUAU